AUGUCGCUCGUCACGUAUCACUUCUCUCCCAUCGGAGCAUUGCCUAUAUCUAAGCCGCAGCCUACGUUCGUCAUCGGUCCAACGGUAUCUCCGACCUCUGCAUCUCGACUAUCUAUAUUCGCCAUAUUGAAUCAAGACGAACCCACCGACAACUUGAAGGUGAGUACCACCAUGGGUCUCCAAGACAACCGACACAAGGCAGCACUAUCGUUUAUUUUAUCGUCGUCCGAUGCCAAGUCAGAGAUUGACCAACGCAAGACGCGAAUGCGUGAAUUAAGACAUGAGUCGGCUGGCGUGAAGCGUAUGCGCUACGUGAAAGAGAUACCUGAGUCUCCUCAACUGACUUUGACAAGACCUUCCGCCUCAAAACAUGAGGGUAAGAAAGGAAGUAAAUUUUGCUCCGUAGAAGGAUGUUCCAGUCGUGCUAAACACGCCAAGCGCUGCUGGAAGCACGGCGGCUGGGUGCGUUGCAAGGUGCUGGACUGCACUAAUCGUGCCAAGUGUAAGGGCUCUCGAAUGGCUUUUGUUGGGCGCAUGGAGGCGGCAAGCGGUGCCAGGUGUCCAAAUGCUCGAAACCGGCGUAUGAACAGAGGCAAGGCCAAAUUUUGGGUUUCUAGUGCGUUUGUCAUUGCAGCGCUCGGUUCUACCGUGAGUGCCCAUCACGUGGAUGAGUCUGCAAACGCUUACGCUGCUGAUGGCAAGCUACUGUCAGCUUCGGGACGUAAACCCCGGCAGGACGACAGCCAUAAGCAAGAUUCUAUCGAGGUUCUGGUAUCACUUGAAGUGAGUAUGCUUGGCGACAAAGAAACUACCAAGGCUAGACUUGCGAUUUGCGGGGUUGUGGAUUCAAACGCCAGGAGCUUGCGGCUCGUACUGAUCGGGGAAGAAUGA